UACCAUAUCCCAGUCUUAUAAAAGGAGAACAGACGCGCCAGUCUAACCAGUGCUUCUGGCAAAAUAUUUGCUUUGUGACUCGGCAUCAUCAUGGUUGGGUAUCUUCUUGCGUUCGUCUUCCUUCUUGCUUCGGCAAAUGGAGAUACGAUUUCCCGGAUCAUCAACGGAAGUCCGACGACCAUUGCGUCCCAUCCGCACCAGAUUUCGCUGCAAAGGUACACAACCUCCAGUGGAGGUUACUGGUACCACACUUGUGGAGGGUCCAUCGUCAGGAGUAAAUGGGUUGUGACCGCUGCACACUGUGUGGAAGGCUCCAGCGCGUCUACUCUCCAAGUAGUCCUGACCAACGGAUUCUUAUCAGACCCCAACAGGAAAUCAUACGCCGUCAGAAGGGUUGUCAUGCACCCGAACUACAACGUGGGAAGUGGUGCCUAUCCCCACGAUAUUGCCCUUCUAGAGCUGACCUCUGACGCUGACCUGUCGGGAACCAACAAGGCCAUCGAACUGGCAACUACGGGCGAGAACUUUGAUCGCCAAACAUGUGAGAUCAGUGGAUGGGGACAUACAGUCACCGGCACUCAGCCGAACAAACAGAUUCCCGAUCAGCUACAGGAGACGAACGGUGUCAUCAUGACGAACAGCGAGUGCACGUCAUCCUGGGGCACCAAUUACGCUGGCAGUGUUCACAUCUGUAUCAAUAACAGGAACACUGGCACCUGUCAGGGUGACAGUGGUGGCCCGAUGGUGUGUUUCCGUGGCACAACCCCCGUGCUGGCUGGUGUGACCUCCUGGGGCGUGUCUGGGUGUGGCACCACGUACCCCAGCGUGUACGCCAGAGUGUCCACGUACAGGUCGUGGCUCGACACGACCAUGGGCAUUUAAAUCGGCCGGCGAAUGGCCUUGUUUGAAACUUUGAAAAGCUUUCAAUAAAAGAAAUGCAUCCAUAUUA